AUGACUGAUCUUAUGCUUCAGAUUACAUUACUGUCUUUACGAUCACCAACGGAAAUAACAAUAUUUCCAGAUCAUCUAGUCGAACGACGUUUUCUUGAUGAAGAAAACUAUAUUGAUCUCGAUCGAAUGUUAGUAGAAAAAGCUGGUAAAUUUGAUUUUAAAUCAUUCGAUAUGCGUAAUGGACCAAUGAUGCCAAGUAGAAUACAUAAAUAUGAUUUUUCUGAUUCUGCAGUGAUUGAAAAAGUAAAAAAUCGUCGUCCAAAAGAUUCUUUAACACCGCAACAAGUAGCUGCUCUCACUUCAGUUGCAACACGCUAUCAAUCAUCAACAUUGUUAAACUCUCAUCAAAUAAAAUCAUCACAUGUUUGGAUUGAUGAUUAUAGUCAUCAACAAAUACAAUUUAAUUUAUCACGACAUCUUCCACCACCACAACCUUUAAUGCCUUAUGCAAGACAAAAUCCUAAUCAAUGUGAAUUAUAUACAAAUCAAAUUAAAUCUCUUUUACCAACUUAUCAAUCAACUAUUGAACAGAAAAAUAAUAACACCAUCAUUAAAAAAAUAAAUACAAUUCCAAUUUUACAACGGUUAUUUGAGGCUCAACAGCUUCAACAAAAUCAACACAGAAAAAUCAAUUCGUCACCAAUAACAGAUAUUUUUGAUCAACAAUCACCUUCGUAUCUAACAUCAACACCAAAACAUUAUGAACAAGGUUUAUAUGCAUUUUGCACACCACCAACACCAAAGCAAUUAAAUUGGAAUAAAUCAUUCGAACGAAUUUUUUCAAUUAAUCAAAGUCAUAAAACGGCUAACAAACAACAUCAAAAUGUAUUUACUCAAUUGAUUAAUGAACAUCUAAAAUUUUCCGCAACAAUGGAAACACCUACUACACCAAAUAUAAGCAUUAAUGAAACGAAUAAUAAUACUCAUCAUAGUAAAAAGGAUGAUGAUAAACAAAAUUUUUAUUCAGCACCACUAUCACCUAUUCAACAACAUGAGAGUUCACCAUCGCUCUUGAGCAAUCAUACAGUAGAUAAAUUAUGUUUUUCAACAUCAGUUGAAAAUCAUCCAUUAGAAUAUUGGUUUGGUACAUCUAUAUAUACAAACACUUAUCCACGUAUGCCAUCAGAUCAUGUUUUAUCAGCAUGUGAUUUCGAACAGUGA